CAGACGGUGAAGGAAGGAGCGAGGAUGGGGUGGAAAGAAGCCUGGGCUGCUGGUCUCUGUGGGACCAUGCAGAUCUGCAAUGGCCCCUGAAGCCUCUUCUCAGUGGACCAGCUGGGUAGCUGAGGUGUUUCCAUCUGCGAGGUGUGAAUAACGAUGACUCCCAUCCUCGCUGUUUGAACAUGCUGCUCGGGUAGCCAAGCCGACCGUGAGGAGCGUCUUGCCUUCACUCCUUCGCCUUUGGACACACACACACACACACACACACACACUCACACACACACACACACGGAUUUGGCUGAAUUCAAGCUCAACCAUGCUGAUCAAGGAGUAUCGCAUCCCCAUGCCGAUGAGCGUGGAGGAGUACCGCAUUGCUCAGCUCUACAUGAUCCAGAAAAAGAGCAGGGAGGAGAGCUGUGGCGAGGGCAGCGGCGUGGAGAUCCUGGAGAACAAGCCUUACGAGGACGGCCCCGGAGGCUCGGGCCAGUACACACACAAGGUCUACCACAUCGGGAAACACAUCCCGUCCUGGUUCUGUGCCAUUCUGCCUCAAGCUGCCCUCCGAGUGGAGGAGGAGUCCUGGAACGCCUACCCUUACACACGCACCCGGUACACCUGUCCCUUUGUAGAGAAAUUCUCUAUAGACAUUGAGACGUAUUAUAAACCAGAUACUGGAAAUCAAGUGGACGUGUUUAAUAUGUCUUCUGCUGAAAAGAGACAGAGGACUGUAGACCCGAUAGACAUCGUAAAGGACUACAUCCCUCCUCACGAGUACCUGGUGGAAGAAGACCCUAAACUGUAUCAGUCAGUCAAAACCAAACGGGGUCCGCUGUCGGACGACUGGAUCGAGGAGAUCAACCAGAAUCUCGGUGAAUGUCCCGUCAUGUGUGCCUACAAGCUCUGCAAAGUGGAGUUCAGAUACUGGGGCAUGCAGUCCAAGAUCGAACGCUUCAUACACGACGUGGGCCUGCGUAAAGUAAUGGUACGAGCCCACCGGCAGGCGUGGUGCUGGCAGGACGAGUGGUACGGCCUGACCAUCGAGGACAUCAGGCAGCUGGAGCUGGAGACCCAGCUGGCUUUAGCUAAGAAGAUGGCCCAGUUCAGCCUGAAUGAAGAGGGGGGAACAGACACCUCCGUCAGCCAGGACCAGGAGCAGGGAGCUCAGGCCGUGGGAUCGGCUGCAGACGCAGAAGGAGGAGGAAAGCUGGGAGAUUCACUGGAGACACGCGGGGAGCUCACCAAGCAGUGGUCCACAUCCUCGAGGUCCUCCAACAGGUCAUCUAAGAGAGGCGGGAGUCCGUCUCACCAGAACAUUUCAGAGUGGAGGAUGCAGAGCAUCGCCCGAGACUCAGAGGACAGUACGGACGAUGAGUUCUUUGACGCUCACGAGGACUUUUCCGACAACGAGGAGAUGUUUUCCAAGGAGAUCACCAAGUGGAACUCCAACGAGCUGAUGGACAAGAUAGAAACAAACGAGGCGGAUGAAGCACAAGAAACUUUGUAUCAGCAUUCGGGCGGCGAGUAUGCUGUGAUGAGUAACGAGGAGAGGCAGAUGGAGGAUGGUUCAUCUCAGCAGUGUCUCCAGUCGUCCAAAACUCACGUCCUCGUUCUGGUCCUGCACGGAGGGAACAUUUUGGACACUGGCUCUGGUGAACAGAACAGCAAGCAGGCAGAUAUAAACACGCUGAGCGGGGCUUUUGAGACCGUGAUGAGGGUCCAUUACCCCGCAGUGCUGGGACGCAUCGCCAUCCGGAUGGUCCCCUGUCCUGCUGUGUGUGUGGACGCAUUCUCACUAGUCUCCAAUCUCAGCCCCUACAGCUACGACGAGAGCUGCCUGUCCAGCAGUCAGGAUCAUAUCCCUCUGGCUGCUCUGCCCCUGUUGGCUACCUCUGCGCCACAGUACCAAGACGCCGUGGCAACCGUCAUUUUACGAGCCAAUCAGGUGUACAACGACUUCAUCAAGUCUUUGGAGGGAUCGUCUUUUAAUGGCCAGGUGUGUGUUAUUGGCGACUGUGUUGGAGGUAUCCUGGGGUUUGAUGCUCUGUGCAGCAGCUCUGUGAUGGUGUCAGAAAGCCAAAACAGCAGCAGACGGGGCAGCGCCAUCAGUAUACAGGACACGGACCUGCUCUCCCCGGGUAUUAUCAUAAACAGCGUCUCUCCUUCCUCCUCGCCGACCCUCGAAGGAAGCCGUCAUCUCAGUCGCAGUAACAUCGACAUCCCUCGCUGCUCGGGGCCCGAUGACCCCAAGAGACAACUUCCACGCAAGCGCAGCGACUCCUCCACCUACGAGCUUGACACCAUCAAACAUCACCAGGCCUUCCUGUCCAGUCUUCACUCCAGUGUGCUCCACGGGGAGCCGGGGUCGCGGCGCUCCAGCGGCAGCACGAUGCUGGAAGGAGGCUCCUUGGGGAAGUUUGACUUCGAAGUGACCGACUUCUUCAUGUUCGGCUCUCCACUGGGGCUGGUGCUCGCACUGAGGAAGACUGUGGUGCCCACGUUAGAUGUGUCCGCUCUGCGUCCGGCCUGUCAGCAGGUUUACAACCUGUUUCAUCCGGCCGAUCCCUCGGCGUCCCGCCUCGAGCCUCUCCUGGACAAGCGGUUCCACCUGCUGCCUCCCUUCAGUGUCCCUCGUUACCAGCGCUUUCCUCUGGGCGAUGGACACUCGGCUCUCUUGGUUGAGACGGUGCAGAGUAACCCUCAGCUUCUGAUGGAUUCUGUUGGUGCAAUUUCACACCGCUACCAGGACAGCAACGUCAAUGAGACGUCCAUCCCGGUGCCCGUCCUCAACUGGCAGCUCCACACAGACACGGAUUCUCUUCAAUCACAUAUUUUUGUGGACGGCCAGUUCCCAUCGCCCACGUCACCAGGCGUCCCUCACCUCCGCUGCAACCGCAGGUCCAGCAGUGCCAGCAUAGCCAGCCAGGUUUCAGGCUUAGCUGACUCUUACACCGCCUCCAACAUCGCCACGAUUGCUUCUCGGUGGUGGGGCGGUAAGAGGAUGGACUACGCCCUGUACUGCCCUGACGCCCUGACAGCGUUUCCCACAGUGGCUCUCCCUCAUCUCUUCCACGCCUCCUACUGGGAGUCUACAGACGUCGUCUCCUUCUUACUCAGACAGGUGAUGAGACAUGAGAACUCCAGUAUUUUGGAGCUGGAUGGUAAAGAAGUGUCUGAAUUCACUCCGUCCAAACCUCGAGAGAAGUGGCUCCGCAAGAGGACUCAUGUUAAAAUAAGGAACGUGACGGCUAACCACCGAGUGAACGACGCCGUGUUCAUGGAGGAGGGAGUCCAGAUGGUGAUGGGACGUUUCAUGUACGGCCCCCUGGACAUGGUGACCCUCACUGGAGAGAAGGUCGACAUCCACAUCAUGACCCAGCCUCCCUCUGGAGAGUGGGUGUACUUCAACACGGAGCUCACCAACAGCAGUGGACGUGUGUCUUAUGUAAUCCCUGAGAGCAAAAAGCUGGGUAUCGGGGUGUAUCCUGUCAAAAUGGUCGUCAGGGGUGACCAUACAGUUGCAGACAGCUACCUCUCUGUUGUACCGCGAGGAACAGAGUUUGUUGUUUUCAGUAUUGACGGCUCAUUUGCUGCCAGUGUGUCUAUAAUGGGCAGCGAUCCAAAGGUUCGAGCUGGAGCUGUGGAUGUGGUGAGAUACUGGCAGGACUUGGGCUACUUGAUAGUCUACGUAACGGGUCGUCCUGACAUGCAGAAGCAGCGCGUGGUGGCCUGGCUUUCUCAGCAUAACUUUCCUCAUGGCAUCGUCUCCUUCUGCGAUGGGCUGGUUCACGAUCCGCUCCGGCACAAGGCCAACUUCCUAAAAUGCCUCAUUAACGAGGCCCACAUGAGGAUCUUUGCAGCCUACGGCUCCACCAAGGACAUCUCUGUGUACUCAUCUAUCGGCCUGCCUCCGUCACAUAUUUACAUAGUGGGAAGGCCCACGAAGAAGAUGCUGCACCAGUGUCAGUUCAUCCCGGACGGCUACGCUUCCCACCUGUCCCAGCUGGAGUACAACCAGAGGUCUCGUCCUGCCAAGUCCGCCAGCACCCGCAUGGUCCUCCGCAAGGGCAGCUUUGGGCUGGGUGCAGCCGGAGGAGACUUCCUUCGCAAGCGCAAUCACAUCUUCCGCACCAUCUCCGCCAAGCAGUCUGGAGGGGCGGGGUCGGCCUCUCCAAACCAGCCGGGGCGGACCGAGCGAACCCUGAGCCAGUGCGAGAUGGAGCGGGAGCGUGUGGUCGGGCCAUCAACCCAGAGGAGUAUGAGUAUAGCUGCAGGGUGCUGGGGUCGCAGUGGGAGCACCAAGGAGGGCAGUGGAGGGUUACUCGGCCCUAAAUAAGGUUGAAAGUGGGGCCAUGGUGUUAAAGGACCCGGCCUGAGCCACCAUGAUCUCUGGACACAGAGAGAAGGAUGGAAGAAGAUGAGGUGGAAGGAGGGUUUGUAUUUUAGAGAUGAGAGGAAUAGCUGAUAGCAUGAACACACAUGAUUUAUCAUUAGUGAUGGAGAGGGAUUUGUCCAGGAGGAGUGGACCAAUCAGGCCAAAUGGGAUCCAGCGAACAAAAGACAAUUCUGUAGCAUGACUCUUUUACAGUAAUACUUUUAUAGGAUACAUCACAAACUAUUAAAAAAAAAAUGAUAAGGAAGGAUUAAAUGAAAUAUUGUAAGCCUUAAUCUAAUCUCGUAUAACGGGACCCAACCUCCCCUUUCCGAACACACACACACACACACACACACACACACACACACACACACACACACACACACACACACACACACACACACACACACACACACAGACACACACACACACACACACAUUGUCCAGGCAUUCACACUCUCAUGAGCUCAGGACAAACUGCAGAUUCAUUUUUAAACAGUCGAGCACGGGUUUGAGGCCAAGUUGAUUGGCAGCCAUGGCAAAGAGCCAAUGACUUUCACUUCUGUUUCCGUCCCACUGUCAGCUGAGUGACAUGCUUCAAAAAUAUCCAGAAAUGACUGGCAAUAAGUACAGAAUACACAGUUCAUCCAAAUUACAUAGAGGGAAUAUUUCUUCACUUAUAUCUUGUGGUAUCUAGCCAUGCAGGGAGCUUUGGGUUUAUUUUUCCAGGAUUGUCUGGGGAGAUUUUUGAUCCCGACUUUCCCUUUUAGUGCCAUAAUGAGGUCAACAUGUUCGAUUAAGACCUUGAAAGUUUUGGAAAAAAAGACAUAAAUAGAUAUAGGUAAUUGAAAAUGCUUGAAUUUAUAUAUUUUGUGCAAGAAUAGAAGAAUAGAAGUUCUUUUGAUAUUCUGUUGACUGAGUAAAUAAUCUCUGUUCUGCUGUCUGCAUGUGUGUCUGCAGUUGUGUCAUUCACACGAUUCACGCUCCACCUCCCUCGAGAAAGUGUGAUGAUAAUUAACCUUAAUCCAUGACUGAAACUAUGCCUUGUUGGGUCCUUGAAUUAGAGGGAAUUGGGCCUGGAGAGUCCUUAAAUGUAAUGUUUAAGAAGGUGUGGGAACCCUACAUUUAGCUCAAGUACAUCAUCAUAGAGCAGCUAGCAUGGCUGCAGAAUCUAAGUCUUAUUUAAAUUAUAUUUUCCAAUGUUUGGAGCACCACCAUUGCAAUGAGGUAGAGAAACAAAUAUUAGAAAAGCACAUACAACCAAAACUGUCUGCAUGACUAGAUGCCACCAGAGGUAAGUGAGAAAAUAUGUUUUUUUUUGUAGUUUGGGUGAACUGAUCCUUUAAACAUCUGACAGCUGGAUUUUGAAAUCCUUAAAUAUACAGUUUUGUAUCAGAGGUGAAAGUACUUGUUGUCUUAGUCACAGAACUAUUUUGUUCCUUGUUGAUAUGCUACAUACAAUACAUAAUGCCAGUUUUCAUUCCCCUGUGUAUUUGUGUGUGAGACUCUGUAGUAUUUUCCCUUUCAGUGUGGCCUCUGGGCCAUCCAAGGCCUUAAUAUUCAACAACACACUUGCUCCACAGACGGAACAGACAGCAGACAAACAGGGCAUGCAGCAUUAAAGCAACAACUGAAACUCUGUACAGUCCACAGCAACAAUCCCUUUAUAUAUUCAUCUGCUUGCAAUACCUCUGAUCCACCUGUUGGUGGUGUUCUGUUCCCCACAUGUGCUGCUGCUGCUGGGAGACACUUGUGUGGUGUUCCCCGGCUUUUUGCUCUUUUGGACGGAUGGAGGAUGGACAUGGUAUUUCUGCUGAGGAGCCUGUUUCAUUUCAGGCUUGACUCUGACAGGGAGACAGUGUUUCCACAUAGCUUUCACUCGCAGAGACCUGUUAAUCUGACAGUAUUUUUACCAAACAGACUGAAGAACGGGCCGGAAGUGAUUCAACAAAUGUUAAAAAAAGACUGCAUCGAAAUCAUCGCUGCCCUCAUGAGAGCAAACAUCAUGUUACUGCUUCUGUCUACUGAACUGUAUAUUAUUAUACAAAGGGAGAAGAAGCUGUCUCACAUCUCCUAUCCAAAAACGCAAACGUUGUGCGCAAAAUAGUUUCCAGUGCUGAUGCUCAUCAAAGGAUACGUUCACAACCACAGUCUGUUUUUAAAACGAUAGUCAGGUUCCUGUAAUAACAAUGAAACAGGUUGUGCUUGCUGUAAUAAUUUCUCCUGUACAUACUGGCCAUUCAAAUAUUUUUAAUGCACUUCCAAUAUAAGUGAUGAGGGACAAAAUACAUAAAACAAAGCCCUAGUUCUGGGAAAGAAACAUAUAAAAUAUGUAUAUGAAUGUAAUAUUCAUAUCAAAUCUACAUCUACAGAGUUUUUACUAUGAAAUUAGAUCAAAACAAGAUUUUGGACAAGUUUCGGGACGUAUCACAGUACUGAGUCAGCUCUGCUGAGGGUAAGGAAAGACUCACUGCUAUCAUUGACAUUUAAAUUUUUGAUACUGUCAAAUAUGUAGCAGACGUUCAGGCCUUAGAAUUUUAAAUCGCAUCUACUGUACAAAAUACAUCAUCAGUUAUGAUCAAUCAUUGUUCAUCCUCUUCUGCUGCCUUCUCCUGUGGUGUACCCCAAGGGUCUUUCCUGGGCCCUAUUUUGUUUUCAUUAUAAAUGCUUCCGUUGGGCUCUGUGUUUUUGAAAAUUCAUUGCUAUGCUGACGACACGCAGCUGUACUUCAAGGGGAAAAAACAUAAACUACAGUCUCUUUUAAGCAGAAAGUUUUCUUCAACUCAUGAGAUGAGUUUAGACUAGCGAAGAGUUUCUCUCGUGGUGUAGUCCGUCUUCUUAGGCCUUUGGGCUUCACAUCUUGGUGCAUGCAGUGUCACUAUUUUCACAUACGUUUUAUAGAAAAAGUAAAACCUUUUUAUAUGAGAAAGAUGAACUUUGGAAGAUAUUCACUUAUAUGUAUCUACUUGUUAAAGCCUCACAUAAGCAUUGUCAUGUAUAUUUACAUAGAAGUACUGUGGAUUGUGUACUUUAAGAAGGGACCCUUUCAGGGCCAGUAUAAAUGGUAUAACUAAUUACAGCAAGCAACAACUGUUUCAAUGUUUAUACGGGCACCUAACUAUUGUUUUAAGACAGACUUGAGAAAUUGUGAACCUCUCCUUUAAACCCAUGAAAGCUUUCGGAUAUGUGGAGCAGUUGUACCUCUUGUUCACUUCAUUUUACUAUGCUGUUGUUAUAUGCCCAGCUUCCACUCGACACAAGAGUGUCUGUUCCCACUCUGUGUGAUCAGCAAUGUCUUCAACCCAACACAAAAGCCAAAAUCAUUCUCUAAAUACUGUAGUUAAUCAACUGUGUAACCUCAUUGUUGUUUUUUUGCACUAGUUUACGGUGGAAUUAUACUGUAGUUACCAUCUCAUGUUGCUACAUUUGGACACCUCUGUAGUGCAUGACACUUUGUUCAUUUCAGGGUAUACUGUAUGUGCAGGUUCGCACACGUCUCUAGAUUUUGUCAGGAUAUGAAAAAUGUAAGUAAAUGUGCCAAACAGUAAACAGUUCUAGAGGAGGAGUAUUUAGACCAGGGGUUUUCUCAAAACUGUGGCUCCCCCCAACACCCCCGCCCUCCUCUUCUCCUAAUAUUAUUUAGUUUUGGAUUACCUUGUUACUGAAGUAAACUUAAAAACGUGAUGAUUCUCAGGCAAGUUCUGUAGUUCUAAAAAGCGUAUUUCUUCUAUGAUUUCUAAGGGGAUAAAUGGACGUUUACAGGCAUUUAAUUUAUAGGACAGAGAUGAUGAUACAGGGAAGUGUACGUCCCACUGAAUCUAAAAAGAUGUGUAUCAUGUCUGUUUGUUCAAAUGUGACUGAGGUAUGACUCCGAGAAGGAGUGUGAAUUAUGGCGCAAUUUGCGACAAUUGGGCGCCAACUGUUUUAAAUUGCCUUUGUAGCCUCCAUGAGCUGUGUGCUCCAAUAACUGCAGCUGCAGCCGCUGACUGUGUUGGCGGGGCGGCCAAAUCAGAAAAACAAAACAACAAAGACGUGCCGUUGUUUUUAGAGCACCUGCAUGCACCUGUGUCUUUCACCUCGCGCGUUAUCUUUGCCUCACGUCCCGUCCUUCCUUCAAUCGUUGAACCGGGGAGGUGCCUUAGAGUUUGAAAACCCCUGAUUUAGACUGUAUCCAACAUUUUACUAUAGUAAGAAAGCGACAGGUGAACUGAAAGCAUUACUUACUACUUUGACUAGAUUUCCAUGAUUUGUGGUGACCUUUUAAAUCUAAUGGUUAUGUCUGAGAAAGAAAAAAAAAAGUGGCUUUAUUGGAAAGCUGAAGAUGUUUUGUUUUUUUUAGCUUUGAAUUGAGAGUAAAGGUCGAGCAUGCUGCUGUAAUCGUGGACAAUAAGCUCUUGAGAGAUGUCAUGGACUUUUACAUUUAGUUUUCCGUAGUGCUGUGGGUGGCAGGUUUUUGGCUACAAACACAUUGUUCCUCCAUUUAGCCGUUUGGCUGCUGAGUUGAAUGUCUGCCCGUUUGGAUUGUGAGGCUGGUCAGAAGCCAUGGAUGUGUCAGUGUACAUACUGUAAAGAUGUAUAUGUAGGACUUAUAUGGUUGAGAGUUAUUUAUUUACCUAAAAAUCAUGAUGUUACUCUGGAAAUUUCAGGUGAAAUAUAUUUGAAAAUAUGUAGCAUUUCAUUUGUCACUUUGGUGGUCAUUAAGGCUACGGACCAACACAGGAAGGGUUUUGUUUUUACCAGUGCAAUAUAAUUGUUCCAAUCACAGCCAGGCAAAACCACUAUUACAGCAGGGGCACAAUCUACCACGAUACAAGCUACAGGCAAUCCACAGUCUGAAAUCAUACACACACCACCUGCAGUUGUGUUUCACACCUCGUGAAAACUAUUUGUAUCUGAGCUACUGUUGACCUCUGCUGUCUCUCUUUACAACAGUCAACCGCUGAACAUUUUAUAGGACUUACCGUACCUAUUUUUCAAACUGGAGUAUUUUACAAGACCUUUGAGAUAUAACUGGAGACUGGUUUUUCAGUCAGCAGUGGGUGCAUGAAGAAGUGAAAACCCCAUAAACGAAGCAGCUCUAUUUAACAAGCUGUUGCAUGUCAUCCAGUCAGAUUGGAACUACUUAACCUUCAUGCUUAACAAUAAUAAACCAGUUCUGUUGUCCACCAUGUCCUCACUUUCUAAUGAAAUAUAUAUCGAAAACAUUCUGCUGAUUAUAUUUGAGAUUAUUACAAUGAUUGCCACAUUUGGAUAAGAUGCUUAGAGACCUACAGAGGUUUAUCUUCAGCUCAGUUUUAAAACACACAGUCCAGUAUUAGUUUUUAGAUAACGCAAUAAAGCGCCCUUUAUAAAGAGGUUAUAAGUUGCAACUAAUUGCUUUAUUAAUGGUUGAAGUAAUUGGACAUUUAGGAAACAGCUUGCCUGGGUGUCCAGCCAGGGCCAGAAAUAGUUCUGCACAUAACUUCAGCUUUUGUACGGAUUAAACAAAUGAGAGGAGCUGGUAGGACGAGUGAGUUUGUUAGCUUCAGACGGAGCCAGCUUUCCCUGUUUCCAGUCUUUAUGCUCAGCGAAGCUACAUUUUGAACUUUCCCUUGAAUACAUUAUUUAAUAAAACUUCCUAGUCAAGAAAAACGGGUUUUCAGGUUGUGAAAAAUCCCUUUAGUUAAACAAUUUGACUAAAAUCCAUUUAUAAGGAUCUUACUUUGUGACGACUUAAUGAUUGAAACCAUUUAUUCAUCACUUAUUAACAUUAAUGACUGCAGACGGCUUAUUUAAAAAUGAUAUAAUAUAUAUAAUAUGAAUUAUUUAGAAACCAUUAAUAUAUCCACUGACUCGCAACUUAUAAAUUCCAUGUAAAGGGUGCCUUAUUAUUAUUAUUAUUAUUAUUAUUAUUAUUAUUAUUAUUAUUAUUAUUAUUAUUAUUAUUAUAUUGUACCGACAUUUAUUUAUAAAUACCAACACUGGGAUAGCAUAUUUUUUAAAUAAUCCACUGAAAUAAAUCAUCAAAAGAACUUUAGAGCUGUAGGUCUGUGACAUACAUAUAUUAAGGUGUCAAAAUAUAUGUGGCAAUAAUUCAGAUAUAUUUUGGAUAUAUGCAGUGUUUGAAAUUAGAUUCAAGUUUGACAUGCUCAAAUGUUAAAGUAUUUUAUUUUGACCCUGUUAUUUAGCAUUUGUAAUCAGUAUACAAACAUUGUUAUUUUUUAAUUUGUAACGCACUAUAAUGUAGUUGUAAGAAAUUAUAAGGAUAGUGUAUUUAUUUGUCACAACUUUAACUCCUACAACAGAAAGCAUUCAGAAUUGGACAAUAAACAGUUCAUUCAUACUUGAAAGCAGAACAUAACAUAUUGAUAAACAUAUACGUCUUCAUGGGUUUUAAAAUACAUUUAUGAAGAAUGAUGUGUACAUAAACAGUUAUUAAAUGCUUCAUAACACGAAGGAUUUAUAUACGUGUUAUGUCAGCAUUCAUUUACUGUUUAUCCACGUUACUUUAUGAUCAUCACGCAACUACAAAACACAGUUUUGUAAACUAUAUGAAGUGUUAUUAUACUGCCUGUAGAUACUAAACAAGGGGCUUUAAAAUAAAGUAUUACCAGUAUUUCUCUGUAUUCUGUUAGCACCUGUAUACAAAUGGCCAUAAACAAUUUUUACAUGAUUGGAAAGUGUUAUCCUUUCAUAAGUGACAUUAACAGCCGCUGAUAAAAACACUGUGUGUACUUGAUUGAGAACACCAGUUUGUUGUUUUCAGACAGAGGAUACAGUAGGUACUGAUGUCUCCUAGUUCAUAUGUGUUCAGGCAGAUUGGGCUGACCUCUGCCCGGGCCCGUCUCUCUCUACCAUUGUCUGUUCUGUGGAAUAAAUACAAUUGGACGGUAA